AUGCCUCCUCCAGCUGACUGUGGGAACCCUUUGCUAUUGAAAUGGCUCGAGGAAUGGGUCGUCGAAGCACAAGAACGAGGAUACAAAUCUCUUCCUGCCCUCAAAAAAGCACGAGAUUCUAUGAAAGCUUGCCCUAUGCGAUUCGAUCAUCCAAGUGAAGCAGUGUGCCUGAAUGGACUUGGAGAAGGACUUGCAAAGAGGUUGACGGAUAGUCUCGAGAAGUAUUGCGAUGAAAUGGGUAUUGCUAUGCCUAAAAAGUCGAGGGGCAAAAAGAGGAAUUCAGUUGCUGCUGAUGUGCCAGGGAAUGGAGAUGAUCCCGCUUCGCCUUCGCCAUCACCAAAGAAAGUUAGGAAGACAAAAACCUAUGUUCCGAAAUUAAGAUCAGGUGCUUAUGCCAUUAUGUUGGCUUUAGGGACUCAACCACGAAACAGCAGGAUUGGGAUCACCAAGGAAGAGAUCAUCGCAUUAGCAGAACCUUAUAGUGACCACUCUUUCACACAAACAAGACCAAGUGAAUUUUUUACGGCAUGGAAUUCUAUGAAAACUUUGAUCAACAAAGAUUUUGUGUAUACAAAAAAGAACCCAGCAACGAGAUAUUAUCUCACGGAUGAAGGAUGGGAUCUCGCCGAUACCAUCAAGGCUAGUGGUGACCCUACAUUAGGACGAGCACAUGAUUUCCAGCCUGCUGCACCAGGCCCAUCUAGUACAUCAGCAAGAAACCAAGAUGUGGACACCGAUUCCGAACUCGAAGAAAUUGACCCCCAAACCCGUGCACGACCUCAAGCAAAUCCAAAUAUUCCCGACAUACCGGAAGGGGACGCUGUUAGCAUUCCAACCUUCGAACCCAUCAUCCUCCGUCCUGGCACCUUCACCGUCGAGCUCAUUCUCGACAACCGUGAAGUAGCUAGCAAAAAAGAUCGGGAUGGAAUACCCAACCGACUAACCGAUAUGGGAGUUGCUCAUUCCGUUCGAGCACUUCCGCUGGGUGAUUUUCUCUGGGUAGCACGAGUCCGUGAAGACAAAGCCAAAUGGCUUAAUCUCGGAAAAUCCAAUCUCAUAAUGUUGGACUACAUCAUGGAACGCAAACGACUAGAUGAUCUCAUUGGUUCUAUAAAAGAUGGUCGAUACGAAGAGCAAAAAUUUCGACUCAAGAGAUCUAGUAUCACUAAUGUGAAAUAUUUGAUCGAAAAUAAGAAAAUCGACGCAGACAUUAUGGAUAAAUGGGGCGACGGAAUCACAACUUCGAUUGCGAAAAUGAUGGUUCAAGAUGGUAUUAAUGUUAAACAAACUCUCGAUCUAGGUGAAAGUCUCCGAUACAUUGAACGUAUGACGAAACUCCUCAAGAAGCAAUAUGAAGGAAAUCCACUCUACAUUGUCCCCACUACGGUUUUGACGCUCAAAAAUUACAGCCCAUUAAUGCAACAUCUCAGGAACACGCAACCAGAUAGGGAAUAUAGUAUCACAUUCGAUGCAUUCGAGGGACUAUCUAAUAAAUCACAAAAUCUCACAUUGAAAGAUGUUUAUCUUAAAAUGCUUAUGCGAACGAAAAGUAUUUCGGCUGUAAAAGCAAUUGAAAUUCAGAAGAGAUGGCCUACACCCAGGGCCUUCUUGGAGGCAUUUGAGAAUCUUGACGGCGAAGUGCAAGCCGAUGAAAGAGGCGCGCGGGGUGUAGGAGCAGGAAGUGCGGGCAAUGGAAUGGGGAUGAGAAUAGGAAUAUCCAACGAAAAACCAAAAAAUAAAGGAAAAGGUCCAGCGAUAAUUCUAGACUCGGACGAAGUAAGUAAAAAGCGGAAGAGGGAGAUGGUGUCCAAGGAGAUAGGCGCAUUGGUUGGGAAUAAAAAGGUACAAGGGGCUUUGAGCGCGAAGAUUGCGGAGGUAUGGGGUGGUGUUUUCUGA